AAUUCCUCGGAGCCGGGAGGAGAGAGCACGGCCUUGCCUUCAGCAUCCACAGCCCCCUGACAAGCCUCGCUGGGGCUGUUCCUCAGGCUGUUGUGCUUAAAGAAUUUUGAGAAACACAAUAAUUUAUAAUCCUCAUCUGUAUUGAUUUUAUCUGUAAAUAGACACUGACAGAUAAUGAAUAGCAAACAGCACUCCAAGUGUAAUUCUGCUUCUGCUGAGAUCAGGGAAGGUUUCCCACUGACUUUUCCAAGGCCGGGAUUUCACCUCUGGUUUUCAUUCCUGGCAUCGCCACUGCCUCUGUGACCUUCUGCAAGUUUCUGAGCUUUCUGCUUGCCUGAUUUCCCUACAUUUAAAGAUACACUGGCUUAGUGGCAUUGUUACAGUUUAUAUUCUUAGAGCUGUAAAUACCAAGCACUAUGGAUUUCUAGUGCAUAUCAAUGUUUAUUCCUGGGUAUGUUUUUACGUGAUGGAGAAGGGGUUGGUGGCAGCCACAGCAGAACAAAUUAUCGACCUGUUCCCUCAAACCUCAUGCCCUCUGAUUCCCAGCUGAUUUUCCAUUUAUGAGGAAUAAUAAUAACACAGAUAAGGGACAGACCAUGUGACGGUGUGUGUAGAGAGGUACCUGGAUAUGCAAUACUGUGUCUCCCUUUCAGAUGCAUCAUUGGGAUUGAGGGUUUUUCUUGGGUCAAAGUUUUGGGGUUCUAAUUUACAUUGAACAGCAGUCUUAAGCAGAGUUUUGUCCUGGAAGCAAAUUCUCAAUCAAUCUGCCUGUGCAAAGGAAAUCAGCUCUUUGUAGACUUGUAAGUGAAUUGGUCAUUGUAGCUGCUCCGAGAGGCUGCUUCAGUCAUUUUGGUUUGUGAAAUAAGAAUUUUAUAAAAUUGAUGAAGUUGUAAAUCUCACUGGGGUUUUCCACCAGCACUUUGAAAGAAGCAGCUGAGAUCAGGGCUCCCAAUAUGCUUGUGUCAAAAGCCAUGGAUGCAUAGUGAAAGGACAAGGAGUGUGGAAAAAAAUGUGGUUUAGAGGCAGCAGCACAGGAAGGCUCAGCAGUUGAGACCAUGCCCACUUCAUGUGGGGAAUUGGAGGGGACUGAGCCCGGUUCCGCCUCAUCAGUUCUGUCUUCAAAAUCUUGGAGGAUCAGCAAGGGAACCUUGUUCCUGAAAACUCUUGGUGGUGAAGCAAAGACCCGUGGAUGUCCAGUCUCCAAAACUGGAGAGAACAGUUUAGCCAGAGCUCUGCAGGGAGCAGGGACCAGCUCCGGCUGUAGGUGUCACCUCUGAAUAGGGGCAAACCACACUGCUCAGCUGACUGCUGUCUCUUUUGCUGCUGUGUGUGCACAUGUACAACUCUCAGAAGCACAGGGCACAGAGCAUCCUUCAAGCUAAACAGGACUACUGUCACUUACUCUUGGCUUUUAUUAUGAAUAACGGUUUUUUCCAGGCUUGUAACCUCAAUUGUAACUCUUCAAAAUCACUGAGUACACGGUUACUGUGAGAGCCUCCAGCACCAGUUGUCUUGGUGUCUUAGAACCAGUCUAGAAAGGAGAAGUAACAGCUACAGCAGCAAGGGAGGGAUCAGUGUGGGGGCACCCAACUAUGUCCCUAUUUGCUGCACUACAACCAUCCUUUUGGGAGCCACAUUCACCCAACUGGGGCAGGAGCAGCUGGUGGGAAGGACAGCACCAGUCACCAUGCUUUGGCUCUCGUGUCUGUGGCACAGGGUGGAAGUUCCUGCCAUGGUUCACUGCACAGGCUUUUGGUCAUCACCACUGUGGGUGUUCUGAAGCCCUCGGCACAGGGAGUUUUGGUGUUACCAGCUGGGAGCUGUGGUGACCCUGUACGUGUUAAAUCAGCCAGCAGCUGCAGCCAAUCCUUAUUAACUCCCAACACUGCCCAAGGAUCGAACUGUGUGAAAUGACAGAAGGCACACAUCAAACCAAAGGCUCAGGAUGCUGCUGCCAUCCCACUUGCCUUCAGAAGCAAUGAAGGAAGGAUACCAGCUGUUGAGAGUUUGGUUCUGAACCCCUUUGGGUAACAGGUGGACACCGCCUUGGUGGCAAACGCUCAUCUAACAGCCCUCCAGCGAAGUCAGAGAUGCUCCAAUACUGAUGCUCCCAAAGCCUCUGGAUGAGAUUGCAUCUUCCUUAACAGCUCUGGCUCUUGCAUCAUCACCCGUGAGACAAUGCUGUGUGACCUGCAGAGGGGACAACAUGGCCCUCCCAUGGGGCUGCAAAUGGUGAACAGCAGCAGCCUUGAGUCCCCCGGAACCCCUGGAGAGCUCUUCCCAACAGUGCUCUUAGGCAGCAGCACAGCUGUUUCCAGCAUUGUCCUCAUUUCCAAUGAAGACAGCUCCUGCCCUCCUUGCCUCUGUGUACCACUCCUGCCUCCCUCCAUGCCCUUAGUACUGGUGAGAGGUUCAUGGCUAAACAGAACAUGGUGCUCACUCCCCCAUGUGGGACUUCAGAUGUUCCUGCCACAAGCUGAGAGCUUGUAAAAGUUGGACAGGCAAAGCUGAUUCAAACCCACUAAGGAUUUCCUGUUUCAAUUCUGGAGACAGGCUCCUUUUUCUGCAUACACAGGAAAAUCAUGAAGGCUCUUUUCUUCCAAAUCAGAGACAACAAACAGAUCUCAAUUCCAGAUUUUUUUUUUCUUUGACUUUCUUUGAGGCUUGAAAUCUAUCAACUAUUUUUAAAGGAAAACAUUUUCAUUGGUUAAAAAAAAGAGCCAUUUUCUACUUAAGGGGAGAAGGGAAAGUUCAAAAGAAAAUUUGCAGCCAUUUCUACUAAAGACAUUUCACUAGACAGAACAGAGUACUUGAAAAUAGCAGUACAUGUCCCCUGGGACUUGGCCAACCUACUUUCUGAUGUUUCCUGAUAUGAGGUACCACAGCUCCUAUCAAGAAGUUCAGCCCACCACAGCCAGGGCUGGCAGGAAGAUGUACCUGUGGUGUGGUUUGCAUUUCUGGUCUCUGGCAGACACCAGGUAACUCCCAGAACUCUUGCACUGGCACCAGGACAUAUGGCCCUCCAAAGAGGAUGGCCUGGCCAGCCCCGGCCCUCUGGCACAGCUGGAUUUUACACCUUCCAUAAAUACAACUACAGGACAAUGCACUUGGGAUCAUUUCCUUACCAGCAAGUUGGGUGCUCAGCUGUUCCCAACCAGCCUGCCCCCCCGUGGAGACGCUGUCACAAAUCUGCAAAGCCCUGGGCAGGAACAAAGCUUUGACCUUGGGGCGCUGCCAAGACCACUUACUGUGGCAUUGAUUUUAAACACAUUCUGGUUGCAGGAAUUGCAAAAUGCCCUAUGUGAUCAUGCCAGGGGGGCUGGAACAGUGAGCCACAGUGCUCCUUUGGUUCUACAGUUUCUGUAGAGAGAAAACUCAAGUCAGAUGUGGGAAGCAGCUACCGAGGGACAGGCUUGUGGCACAGCAUCUCCCCACAAAAUCAUUUAGAUUGGAAAGACCUCUCAGGUCAUUGAGUCCAGCCACUCACCCAGCACUGCCAGGUGAUUAGAUACCUCGAUUUGCUGCAGCUGCCCUCCUUCUGAGCUGUGUGUAGGGAGCAAGGACAGAUUCCUGGGAUAAAGGGCUCUUUCAGGGGUUAUUUUUAUCUCUCUGUGCAGCAGCACAGGUGGGCAGCUUUUGAAGCUGCCUUGCCGAGGCCAUUGAUGACGUGGGCAUGGACCCCUAGCCCAGCUCGGCUGCCAGGCAAAUUACCAGGGAAGAUGUUCCUCCUCCUGGAAGACAACAUGACUCUCCUAACCAUGCAGUGCUGAUCGGGUUAGACAGGGCAUAUUGUAUUUUUCAUGUGCUGGAUCGCUCGCUGCAGUUGCUGCUGUGUAAUGUGGGGCUUGUCAAGUGAGAGCCAAAAUCGUCUCUGGUGCACCUCCCACCUGGGGACGACGGGGAGAAAUCCUGUCCCAGAUGCAUCCUACUCAGUGAUAAAAUAUUUCCUAGGGCCAGAUUCAGAACAGACAUGCAUGCUAUGAUGCCAGGGUUCAUGCAGCAAGAUUUUCUGCCUGUGCAGUCUCAGAGCAGGCAGGACAGGAGCCGACCUCAGAGGCACUGGAAGGUGAGAGGGCUGAGGCCAUUCCGUGGGGAUCAGCUGAGCAGGGCUGCUUUGCCCACAGCCACAGUACCCAUGGAGAGGGUCGAGGAGAGAAGGCACCACCCUUCACCACAGGCUCUGCCCCUCACAACGGGCUGGGGCUUGCAAGCCCAGCACACUGCUGCACGUUUGAUCACCAGCCAUCUCCACUCCCUGCAGGCCUGGACCGUGAAUUUGGUUGCAAUGGAGACCGUGUCCCUGGAGCACCAGAUCCAGAGCGUGCAGCGGCACAUCGCUUUCCUGAAGAAGGAGCAGAUGGAGCUGCUCCAUGACCUGCACCUGGAGAUCCUCCGGUUGCAGAAGCACUGCUCAGAGCUCACCCAUGACCUGGAAAUGAAAGAGAUGGAGGCCCGCCAGCAAGAUGUCCUGGACCGCGAGCUGGAGGAGAAGUGCCGGGCGAUGGAGGCCCAGCUGCAGGAGAAGGAGAAGGACAACCUGGAGCUGCGCAAGGAGCUGCAGCACAAGGAGACGCUGGUGGCUGCGCUGCGCUCCAGCCUCCGCAGCAAGGAGCGCCGGUUCCUGGAGGAGCUGAAGCGCAGGAGCCACCGCGUCACCAUCCUCGACACCGAGCUGCAGAAGCAGACGGAGGCGGCCGCCUACCUCUCGCUGCAGCUGCACGCCACGGCCCAGCGGUUCUGA